GUCGGACGCAGCAGGUGCGCUGGACGCGCAGGUGGCUGGGCAGGUGGAGGGGGCAAGGGCGCUAUGAACUUAGAUGGAAACGCGAUACGAUUUUUAUUCGCGGUCCAUGCUAUUUUUAAGCCGGUUCUGCUUUGCUCCCACGCGCGAAAAUAUGUUAUUGAUGGGGCGCUGGGUGAUGUGUAUCAUCAGAAUGAUGUCGCCAUUGUUUAACGUCUAUGCGAAUUAGGUGGGCGGUAUGAUGCACGUCCAAGAAGUGACAUCACCGAUGAUCUCUACGAAUUGUACCUUAGGACUUUAGAGGAAGUGUCCCAUCGACUGGGUGACGAUAAAUCUCUUUUCGAAUAUUUGAAACUUCCGAUACAACGCAUAAACGACUACCAGCUUCUUCUUAAGGAAUUGGUAAGGUACACAACUUGCCUUGGUGAAGAUGUCACCAAUCUCCAAAGGGCAUUGGAUUUGAUGUUGAGUGUACCCCAUCGCGCUGUAGAUGACAAAUUCAUCUCUAGCAUUGAGGGAUUCAAAGGAAAUAUCCGCAAACUUGGUAGACUAUUAGCACACGACAGAUUUUCUGUAUCUUUUGGUGACAUUACAAAAGAAAGAUAUUUAUUUUUGUUCAAAUCGCACAUACUUAUAUGUAAAGUGAGAAGAAUAUCUGAAGACAGAUCAAUAUUCCAGUUAAAAGACACAGUGAAGCUUGCGCAGACAGAAAUAAGAGACAAUCCAGAUGACAAUUUCGGUUUUGAACUUGUUGAUACUGUAGGAGGACAGUUUUUACGAUUAAAAGCAUAUAGAGACAUUAAGAAUACUUGGGUUAAAAAUAUAAAGGAAUUCGCACUAGGAAGUGGAAGGGCAGAAAAGAACAAAUCCGAAUUAAUCGUACCAUCCGCAUCCGACACAAAACCAUCUGAAGCUGGUAAAGAAAAGCCUAAGCCACAAAAACCCCAGCCUAAAGAAAACAAAGGGGCACAAUUAGAUAGACAGGUUAAAGUUGAACCCGUAAAGCAGGUAAAGCCAAAAGACCCAAAGGUUGGGACAGAGAAGCAAGCUAAAAAUGAGCCUGGAAAACAGGUAAAAGUUGAAACAGAGAACAAAGCGAAAACUCUUAGUAAAACAGUUGAAAAAUCUGUUAAGACAGAAAAAACUUUAACAAAAACCGAGGAAUUUGCGAGUACCUCAACCACAACCUCAAUCAAACCUGUAACAACAGACCGCACCACAGUCUCGGAGACUCUCACGUCUGAGGUUGUCGAAGACCCACAUUUCAAACCGUUGCAAAGAGUAGAACCUUUGGUGCAGAUCAAUAAACCAAGGGUCACCGAAGAGGUCAUACCGUACGUCAUCAAACCUCCUCCUGAACUAUACCCGGGUAGUGCCAUCGAUAAGGUUCUAUCGGUGGAGAAGAGUGGAGUGAGUGAUAUUAUUCUCACCGACUUCAAAGUUGGAGUAGAAGUUAAUGUACAGGUCGAAGACGAGAUGAGCAGAAAGUACUCCUCAAGUCGGACUACGGAAACAGUGAAAAUAUCAAACGCAACCAAAGAGGAGUACCGCAGCGAAAGCCAACACGCAGAGAAGGUCGAAGAAAGAUCUUCUAAAAAGGUUGAACAGAGAUCCGAAAAAACCGAAGAAAGGUCAUCACACAAAGUCGAAGAGUCGUCUUUUGAAAAAACCGCUACAUCAAGCACGAUGGAUUCAUUAGAAAGUGCAACCAUGAAGACAGUUAGGGAAAAAACUGCAGAGCAAAAGCUGGAUGAACUUGAUGGAAGGCCUCAUUUCAUCAAGACUAUCCGAGGAACUAGCAUAGAACCCGGUGAAUCCGCCCAUUUCGAGGUAAGCCUACUGACGCCGCCCAAGUCGCUUCAAUGGCUCAAGGACAACAAGGCCCUGAAUGGCGCGCUGGCAAGUGGGCGGUUGGAAGUCACCAAGGACAAAGACGGCCGCGAGUUCCGAUUGGUUGUCAAGGACGUAACGCAGGAGGACGCGGGAACGUACACGGCGGUGGCGCACGAUGAAAAAGGACAACAGAUCACCUGCUCGGCUCAGCUGGUCGUUCAUAAGCUCUCGUCCGAAGAAAGAGCAGAAAGAGCUAAAACAGAUAAACCAGAAUUUUUGGUGUCCAUGAAAGAUGCUGAGCUUUUGGAGGAUACUUAUCUGCGCUUCAUGGUUAAAGUUGUCGGAGAACCCAAUCCUGAAGUAGCCUUUUACAAAGACAACACCAAAAUCCCAGAGAAAAGUGAACGAUACCAGGUAAUCAGAGAGCAGUCAGAUAAAGGAUUCUACGAGCUCAUUCUACCAGUCGUGAAAAAGGCAGAUGCUGGCCAUUACAAGUGUGUUGCAACAAAUAAAUUUGGUGAAGCAACCUCUGAAGCGACACUAACUGUAACAGACAAUAAGAAGAUAUUCGAAGAUAUGCCAGAAGGUGAAAUACUACCUCCUGGCGAAAAGCCUGUAUUCCAUUGGAAGAAAGAUGGCCAAUCCUUCGAGCCAGAAGAAAGAUUCAAAGUCCUAAUGGGAGACGAUGAAGACUCCUUGGCAUUAGUUUUCCAAAAAGUGCGACCAGAAGAUGUGGGUCUAUACACAUGCGUAGCCCAAACCUCCAGAGGUCACAUCAGCUGCAGUGCUCAGCUUACGGUGCAUGGUACUGUAAACCAGUUGUUCAGGGAACCUGAGAAGCCAAAGCUUGAGUUUGUCAAGAAAGAUCCAUGUGUAAAUGUUGGUGGAUCAGCUAUGUUGGAACUUCAAGUCAAGGGAUAUCCCAAGCCUAAUGUCAUUUGGAAGCAUGAAGGAAAAGUGAUCGAGUCUAGCCAAAAACACAAGAUCUUGUAUGAAGAUGAGGAAACUAUGUCUCUGAUCAUCAAAGACGUGGAAUCUUCAGACGCAGGAAAGUAUACUGUCCAUGCUGAAAAUGAAUUGGGUACUGACAGUGCUGAAAUGAACCUCACUGUGAAAGCGCCACCAAAGAUCAAGACGAAAAUGGAAGACGUGAAUGUUCAUGCCGACCUUCUACUGAAACAAGAAAUCGAAAUUGAAGGCAUUCCAGAGCCUAAAGUUCAAUUCUGGAAAGACGGUAAAGUAAUCAAGGAAACUGAAAACAUCAAGAUAGAGAAGUCUGGUAAUAAACAUGCACUGGUAUUCAAGAAGGUUUCUCUGAAUGAUAAAGGCUCCUACUCUGUAAUUGCUACCAACGAGAUAAGUCAAGUCACUGAAAUGUGGAAUAUGGAUGUAUUCAGUAAACCAAAGGUGAUACAGAAAAUGGGUGAGGAGAAAAGGGUAUCACAAGGAGAAGACGUAGAGCUCAAGGUGAGGUUUGAGGCAGAACCCAAGCCGGAAGUUAAAUGGUACAAGGGUGAUGAGGAAAUCACUUCAACCGAUCAUUUCAGAGUAAAGGAGGAUGGUGAUUGCUACAUUUUGAGGAUAUCUGGAGCUGUAACCACGGAUGCUGCCAAAUACAAAUGCAAGGCAGUGAACAUCCACGGAUCAGUGGAAGAUGAGUGCACUGUAUGGGUGAAGAAGCCACCAAAGAUUAUCAAACCUUUGGAGAACAUGACAGUGACUGAGCACGAUAAGAAUGUUACAUUUGAUGUAAAAUUGGAAGCAUUCCCGAAACCCACUGUCAAAUGGUAUUUGGAUGAGGUAGAAAUCACUGAAACGAGGAGUGAGUUUACAAGACUAGAAUCUGACGAUGGAGUUAAACUUAUAAUCAAGGAGGUUUCAAGUGAGCUGUCUGGACAAUACACCUGUAGAUUAAGCAACGAAUGCGGAAAUGCUGAAACCAGUGCAAAAUUAACAGUAAACUGUGCGCCUCGCAUUCUGAAGCAACUCAAAGACACGACAGUAGAAGAGGGCGCUACUCUCCACUUAGAAGUAGAAGUGGAAGCUUGCCCUGCACCAACAGUAAAAUGGUUACGAAAUGGCAGGGAAGUAUCGGCGGACGCAAGGAUCAAGAUAAGCAGAGAUACCAAGAGGCACGAGACUUUCAAUUUGGCGGUAAAUUUGAUCAAGUACGAAGAACAGGGAGAGUACGAGGUCGUGGUGACGAAUUCCCUUGGCACGGUCAGCAGCAAGAGUUUUGUCACCGUUCACAAAGUGACACAUACAGACGCCAUCGAAGAAACAGGAGAACCACCAAAAAAACUGAAAGUCGAAGUGAUCGAAGACGAACCAAUAACUGCUGAGAAAGCUCCUAAAUUAGAAACGGUCGAGGAAAUUAAGAAGGUAGAAAAAGUAGAAGAAGAGUCAGAGAAACCACAAAAAGUUGAGGAAGGGGCAUUGGUUGAUGAAAAGAAAGCAGAGAAAGGUUCCCUAUACAAAAAAGAAGAUGUGAAGGUCAUCCAGGUGAACCAAGAAACACCCGAGCCCAUAGUUGAGGAGCCAGAUUCACCUCAAGUGUUCAGGAAAGCAAGCUCAGCUAUUAUUGAAGAAGCUGAAUUUGUUGAAGCUGGAGAGGAACUACAAUCCGAAAAGAAAAUCGAAGAAACGAUCUUGGAACGAAGAAAAUCGAAACGCGGUAAGAGUGUACAUAUCGAAGAAAUCGAAGAAGUUGAACAGGAAAGUGAAUCAAAGAAACCUGUUUAUGACGAACCUGGUGAUAACGAAAAAGCUUCGCCGAGAAAAGGUAGAAGAGCUACUAUAGAAGAAGCCGAUCAUGUUGAACUUGAUGAAGGUAAGACGAAGGGCAAGAAGCCUCAAGAAAAAGAUGUUGAUAGUGACGAAGCUGUCCCGAAAAGAGGUAAAGAGGCUACCAUUGAAGAAGCUGAUCUGAUAGAACAAGAUGAAGCUACCCAAAAGGGUGAGAAGCCUGUAGGAAAUAAUCGAGAUGAUAGCGAUAAACCUACACAAAAGAAAGGUAAAAAGGCUACCAUAGAAGACGCCGAUUACGUAGAGCCAGACAAAGAUACAAGAAGUAGCAAAGAAGCAAAACAAAAAGAAAUUGAUAGAAAGAGCCAAAAAGCGAAGAAAGAGUACGAUGAAGAGCUAGACGAAGAAACAGAGGCACUACUGAAAAGAGCUCAGAAGCAAAGAAGUUUGUUUGAAGAUUUGAGCAGUAAAGGUUCUGCAUUUAACGAAGAUGAAAUUCCGAAACCUAAAGGUCCAGAAGGUAGACGCAAAUUAUUAUUGACUAAGAGCACAUGGGUGAAUUUGGCACACUCUCGAACUUAAGGAGAAUUCUGGUUAGUCUUAGGAAGCAGGUGAUCCAACAAGAAGAUUAUUUUUGAGGUUAAAAUGGGUAAUAUAAAUAAAGAUGGAUGUAGAAAAAGUUAUAGGACAUACUAAACUUCACAAAGUAUUGCUUGAUCAGUCGAUCGACCAGAAAUACUUCUGAGUUAAUAUAGGAUUUAGGAUAGAUAUGAAACAGUCUAAGAUGACACCAGAAUUGACCUUGAAUUCAAUUGUACAUAACGAGUGUGUUAACUCCACACAUGUAGCAAACAGAUUCGUGUAAACAGAGACAAAAUGUGGAAGGAAGUCGAAUCCUAUUGGUCAAAUUAUAACUACAUGGAGUAUUUCCCAAGCAGUUAUAGUCAAGGUCUAAAAGAACCCACUCUUCAGUCUCAAAUGAUAUUUACAUAUACAUUCACAAUAUUUCUGAGAAAAUUUUAACGUUUUGUCUUUCUACGUUUGAAUUUCCAAUUACUUAUUCAGUACAAAUUUAGUUAUAAUACGGAAUCUAAAGUAAUGAGCACUACCUACUUUAAGUUGGAUGAAAAAUCUCGUUGACUCAAAUGCAUUAGCAUGCCACACCACAUAUUUGCACGAAUGAGCUUACACUCUUUUAAGUGUUUAACCUUCUUCGCCAAUAACAUCUAGAACAUGUUUUUGCCCUAUGAAUCACUCUAUAAACAAACGGCUGCUAAGCACUAAAUCAGCAAGAAACACGGUAGGUAUAUGCAUAACGGAAGCAGAUAACUUGCUACAAUUGAUUAUAAAUAUAUUGUACAUAUUUUUAUACUUAAUGCUCAAGUAACUGUCCAAUAUAUCUAGUGAAACUUGUCUUACUAUUGCUACUCAUAGAAAGAUACUUUCUUCAAGUCAUACAGAAGUAAAUCAUCAAAUAGUUUGUGUUUGAAGGCUCUUCUCAUCUGUACAUGAGUAGGUUUUUAAAAAGUGAUACAGAUGUAUCUUUUCUUUAAUCAGAUUGAACUGAAACAUCGACUUUCAAAAAGUUCGAUAGUAUCCCUCGUUCCAAUCCUCGAAAAAUUUAGAAACUUCGACGACUUGGGCUAAUUUUAAAAAUGCUUUCUUUAAAGAUCUUUUGGGUCCAAUAGCAUUUAGCUUAUAGAAAGGCUACUGUAAAAUUUUGCAUUGACAUACCUGUAUUCUCUAACGCACUCUACCGUUUUUUCGGCUAGCUGUUAAUUUCCCAAGUUCUUGAAAAAGCUCCUGCACCUUUUUAAGAAUUUUCACUGACAGAUAUUCUGGACAACCACGUUUAGCCUCUUGUAAAUACAUUGUCCAAGCACCACCGUGUUGAAAUACGAUAUCUUGACCUGUCACAAAUUUACUUAGCUAAACCCAUGAUCAUGGACACAAACAUGAAGGACGGAUCUCGACCUGAGUCCUUGGACAUCACUUACAUAGUAAGAGGAUUCGCCAAUCCUCCUCCUACAGCCACAUGGACUUUGAACGGCAAAGAGAUCAAACCUGAUGGACAUCUGAGGAUGAUAGCUAGUCAGAAUGGCGAAGAGUUUCAGCUAGAGAUUAAGAAACUAAAGAUGGAGGAUGCUGGAACAUAUGAAUGUGUUCUGACUAACCCUGCAGGCGAGACUAAAUUGCAAGCUGUUCUGCACGUUACCCCUGAAAAAGAUUUGAGAAAACCAAGGUUCAAAGAAGGUUUACAGGAUCAGUCAAUCAUUAAAAGAAAUACUGUUGUCUUUAAGGCUGUUGUCACUGGGGACCCUGUACCAGAAGUUGCAUGGUGUAAAGAUGGCAAAGAAUUCACUGACGCCGAGUUGGAAAAGAAUAAAAUGGUCCUAGACUCAGAGGAUCAUGAGAUCGAAGAUGGAUUGAAUGAAUGUACAUAUAAGAUCACCAUUCCAAGGUGCGAUGUUGCUACAGGGGGCAAAUAUACUUUGAAAGCUAAGAACAAGUGGGGUGAAGCAGAAAGCAGUGCUGUCCUUACUAUUGUAAUGAAACCAGAAAUAGAAGGACCGCGUGAUGCAAAGGCCAUGCCAGGAGAAGUGGCAGAACUCACAGUAGUUGUUCAAGCAAAUCCAGAAGCACAAGUUUUGUGGUAUAAAGAUGACCAAGUUGUUCAAGCCUCCGAUUGCAUCAAACUCGUUGAAGACAAAGCUAACAAGGCUUACAAGCUGGUGUUUCAUGAUGUCAAGUUAGCAGAUGAGGGAUACUACAAAGUUGUUGUUAAGAACGACCUGGGUGAAGCAACUGCGGAAGCUAAGUUGAGAACAAUAACUGAACGGCCAAGGUUUAUCACUGGACUUAACGAUGAACAAGUUGAACAAUAUGGUGAAGUAUCUCUGAAGGUUAGAGCAGACGGUCUUCCCAAGCCAGAAAUUCGUUGGUAUUGUAAUGACAAGCCUGUUGAAGAAAAUGAUCAGUGCACAAUAAAAACUGCUGGUGAGGCUCAAGUUACUAGCGAAUUGACCAUCAAGAACUUCGAUUUGGCGAACUCUGGAGCUUACAAAGCUGUUGCCAUAAAUGUAGUAGGAGAGGCGGAAACCACUUGUGAGGCAUGCAUGCUACAAACCCCACCAUCAUUCGGCAAGAAGUUAGAGAGAAACGAAGACUUCAACGAGGGAGAAAAAAUGGAAUUGAAGGCAAAGAUCCAUGGUAGUCCCAAACCAAAAGUGGCCUGGUUCAAGGAUGGAGAACCAAUAUUGCCAGACGAUGAUCGCGUCAAGACCACUCUGUUGCCUGAUGGAACAGUAAAAUUGAAUAUUGAUAAAUGCAAGCCAUCUGACAGCGGUGCUUACAAACUGGUAGUCAAGAAUGCUAAUGGGGAGACAGCAUGCCUAUGUGCUGUUGCCGUUAAUCCAAAGCCCUCUAGACCCAAGUUCCUGAAGUGUUUCAAAGACUGCAAAGUACCCGUUGGAGAAACGUUGCGACUUGAGGCUCAAGUUGAAGGCUUCCCAGUACCUGAAGUGAAAUGGCUGAAGGAUGGAGUUCCAAUCCGUCAAUCAUCCAAUUUUCACUUUGAGCAUCAUCCUGAUGGAAGGGUGGCUCUAGUCGUAGACAGCAUGAGACCAGAAAAUGCCGGAAAUUACCAAAUAGUUGUUUCGAAUAAAUUAGGAGAAGCUAUGGGCGAAGCCAAGGUAGGUGUUGACAAGAGGCCUACAAAACCAGAGUUCAUAAAAAGGUUACAACCCCAGACAGUUGUAGAAGGAUUCCCUGUCAAAUUUGAAGUGAAAGCAGAAGGCUUCCCUAAGCCAACCAUCAUAUGGCAGAGAAAUGGCGCCGAAAUUAUCUCAGACAAUAAACAUGUGAAGAUCAUUCACAAUCCAGAAGAAGGUACUAGCUGUCUGCUGAUAGACUCUGCUGAUGUCCUCCGCGAUGCUUUGACAUACAGGGCCGUAGCUAGCAAUGAUGCCGGUGAGACAGAGACGUCAGCUGAAUUGACCGUCAAAACAGCUACAAAUGACAAUGAACCCGAAGAAAAACCGCUGUUCAUACAUCCUCUCAGAGAUGCAGUAGCCAACGAAGGAGAAACAUUGGUUCUUGAAGCACCUUUUACUGGAAAUCCCAUUCCCAGUGCUGAGUGGAAGAAGGAUGACGAGAAGAUUGUACCGAAUGAUAGGAUUGUGAUGACAUGUGAUGGCAGAAAGGUUGGAUUACGUAUUGAUAACGCAAGGCCAUCAGAUGCGGGCAUAUACAGCGUAACCAUAUCAAAUCCGUUGGGUGAAGAUACCACAGAAGGCAAGGGUAGCAUCAGAAAGGUGUUCAUGCCUCCUACCUUCACACAGAAAUUCACGGAUCUUCAACAGCUUCCAAACCGAGACGCCAAGUUCCCAUGCAGAGUCAGUGGUAUUCCCUACCCAGAGGUCACGUGGACAAAAGAUGGCGAACCGAUUACAGAAGGUGAAAAGUACCACAUCAAAAGGGAUGGCGACGUAUGUUGUUUGUACGUAACUGAUUGUCAACCCGAAGAUGCUGGGGUAUACAAGGCCAAAGCCAGUAACAAGGAAGGAAAAGACGAAUGCUCAGCCACUCUGGAAGUGGUCAAAGAAAUCAAAACAACCAAGAAGAUCGAGCCGCCAGUAUUCCUGAAGCGCAUUGGAGAUACCGAGUUGUUCAAAUCAAUGACAGCCAAAUUCACAGCCUGUGCUUCAGGCAUACCCGAACCAACAGUGGAAUGGUUCCAUAAUGACAAAAAGAUCUUCCCAUCAAACCGAAUUAAAAUGGAUAAGGACUCCAACGGCCUACUGCGAUUGACUAUAUCUGGUGUUGACGAAGAUGAUCUAGGAAAAUAUUCGUGCAAAAUUAGCAAUGAACACGGAAGUGAUAUCUGUCAUGCUACUCUCAAGUUUGAUGAAGGUUUGGAAGCUAAGCCAAAGAAACCCAUUUCCGACCAGUACACAGAGUACGACAAACAUAAGAAGAGCGGUGCACCAGUACCGCUCGCCGAUCCACCAAUAGUAUCCCAGAUGACAGACAGACAUUGCACCCUGUCCUGGAAACCUUCCAUUCCAUCGGGACCUAGAGCACCAGUUACUUACCUUUUGGAAAUGUGCGAACUGCCCAGCGGUGACUGGUUCACAGUCAGGACAGGCAUUAGGAGCUGUACUUGUGGCGUAAGGAACUUGGAACCGUUCAGAGACUAUAAAUUUAGAGUUAGAGUGGAGAACAAGUAUGGCGUUAGCGAGCCUUCGCCGUAUGCUAUUACACACAGGGAGAAAUUGGAACCAGACUUACCCAAAUUUAUGCCGUACCUUCCUCCUGAAAUAGAUUUCAGGCCAGAAACUUCACCGUAUUUCCCUAAAGACUUUGAUAUCGAAAGACCACCGCACGACGGAAUGGCUCAAGCACCAAGGUUUUUACGACAAGAGCAUGACACUCAAUAUGGUGUGAAGGAUCAAAACGCCAGUCUGUUUUGGUUCGUGUAUGGCUACCCGAAACCGAAAAUGUCUUAUUACUUCAAUGAUGAACUUAUUGAGCCCGGUGGUAGAUUUGAUUCCAGUUAUACUAGGAAUGGUCAAGCGACGUUGUUUAUCAAUAAGAUGUUGGAGCGUGAUGUUGGGUGGUACGAAGCAGUAGCCAGAAACGAACAUGGUGAAGCUCGACAGAGGGUAAGGCUGGAGAUUGCGGAGUUGCCACAUAUCAUCAGACGACCAGAAAUCACGUACUCCGUGCUCAGGGGUAAGGGGAGGCUAGAGGCUAGGAUCACUGGAGUUCCGUAUCCGGAAAUCAAGUGGUAUAAGGACUGGAAGCCUUUGGCACCAUCAUCGAGGAUAAAGAUAGCAUUCCUGGAACCUGACACAACAAUCCUCACCAUCAGCGACCUGAUACUGAAAGACGAAGGGCUUUACUCAGUAAGUGCUCGAAACGUUGCUGGAUCAACAUCAGCAAGUGCCAUGCUGUACGUUGAAGAGAGCGAACAUGACUACAACAUGAGGAACUAUCACAACCUAUCGCCGUUGAAGGCCAGAAGGCGGCUGUAUACAGACUUGUACGACAUUGGUGAUGAAUUGGGCAGAGGAACACAGGGUAUCACCUACCAUGCCGUUGAAAGGCUGAAUGGUCGUAACUACGCAGCCAAGGUGAUGCACGGCACAGGCUCCGACAUCUGGCCCUGGAUGCGCAACGAACUGGAUAUGCUCAAUGAGCUCAGGCACAAGAAGCUGAUCUCGCUCUACGACGCCUACGAGUCUGAUGACUCUUUGGCUCUAAUCCUGGAGCUGGCAGCUGGAGGAGAACUAGUUAGGGACUACUUGCUCAGACAGGACUACUACACAGAGAGUGACAUCGCUGGAUUUGUGAGACAGCUGCUUCAGGGCCUGGAUUACAUGCACGACAGGGGAUAUGCGCAUAUGGGACUUAAUUUGGGUGACCUGCUGAUAUCCCAUCCAGGAGGAGAUGAUCUCAAAAUAACGGACUUCAGUCUCACCAGGCGUAUUGAUAUGGGCAGGCUCUACCCGCUGCUUUACGGUAUGCCGGAAUACGUGGCUCCUGAGGUAGUCAACAAAACGGGCGUCGGAUUCGGCCAAGACAUGUGGAGCGUUGGUAUCAUCACGUAUAUUCUGCUUUCUGGACGAUCACCAUUCAGAGGCGCCAACGACAGAGAAACUCUUACAAACAUAAGGGCCGGCAAAUGGAUCUUCGACGAGUCGUGGUGGUGCAACAUCAGUGUUGAAGCAAGAGAUUUCAUCAGCAGAUUGCUGGUCUUCGAUAUCGAGGGUAGGAUGGAUAUAAGAACAGCAAUGAGACAUCCUUGGUUGGAAAGAGCAGACAAGAGGUAUUCUGAUGAGUUCAGGAUUAGCUCCAGAUACUUGAGUGACUACUGGAGCUUGUACAGAGAAUGGUACGAUAACGCAUCAUGCAGGAGGUGGUUCAGACGGCGCCCAUUGGAAGGAGCCUUCACUCACCCCUCAAAAAUGGUGUAUCCGCCAGGUGAAGUGUACACCCCAAGGGCCACACCUGCUCCUGCUGACAGGACUCCCAGAACAAGAACCUCUUGGGAGGACCAGCUGCCUACUAGAUCUCCACUCAACUACGAGAUCGGCGUCAUUAAAUCAGAAAGCCACUACCAGAACGGACCAGAUACUUAUCUUCUGCAAUUGAGAGAUGUCGACUUCCCCGUACGUCUGCGCGAAUACAUGAAAGUGGCUACUCACAUCAGUCCAGGUGGCUCUUACAUCAUGUCCAACGAAAAUGGAUACGAUUGGAGGACGCCUGUCAUUCAUGAAAGAAGAAGGUUCACUGACAUCAUGGAUGAAGAAAUUGAUGACGAAAGAAAGGCUAGAAUUAACAGAUACGGCACUGAAAUAAACAGAGAUCCGGCUGUAAGGAGAAUAAAGCAUGAAAUUGGAUCGCGACUAGAUGCAUAUGUUGAGGCUGAAGCCCUUUUGGAAGCAAAGCAAGAAGGCAGACUGCCAACCUUCAGGGAAAAGCCUAAAUUCACGGCGAUGAUCGAAGGUCAAGAUAUGAAGCUAUCCUGCCUCGCAGUAGGAGAGCCUCAGCCAAUUAUUCAGUGGUUCAAGAAUGAUGCGAUCAUAGCAGAGUCCCACCGCAUCAAAAUAAUAACAGACGGAGAUGGAAGAUCGAUCAUGAAGUUCUCUCCAGCACUUUCGUUCGAUCAAGGCAUGUACAAAGUAGUAGCGCGGAACAAAGUCGGCCAGACUAUCGCCAGAACCAGGGUGGUAAUCGGAUUGGUACCAGAUGAGCCUGAUAGUCCCGAAUCCAAAGAGGUAUCAGAUACCGAGAUUCUACUGCAAUGGAAACAGCCCAAGUUUGAUGGUCAUUCUCCAGUGAUCUGCUAUAAACUGGAAUACAAAGGAGCUGAUGAACUGGACUGGAUCAAGAAAGCUGACAAUAUUGAUCAUGAAUUCUACCUUAUGACCGGACUGCACCCGAAUAAGAGUUAUAUAUUCCGAUUGGCAGCUAAAAAUUCCAUUGGAUGGAGCGACCCAGGCGUCCCGUCAGCUUCUGUCACGACCAGACCUGAAGGAGCACCAAAGAUUCAGUUGAGCAAUGCUAUGAGGCAUUUACAAGAAAUAACAGACAGUGGUCAACCAGCUGAAGAACAUGAUGAAAUAAAGCUCGAUUAUGCAGUAGAAUCUAAUCCAAUUGAAUGGGACGAUUCGGAUGUGAAAGAAAACUUCAACUUCAUAUCUGAAAUACAUAGGGGACGAUUUUCGAUAGCACUGAAAGCUGUGGACAGACGUGAUGAUAAGGUAGUAGUUGCGAAGGUACUAGAAUACAGCAAAAGAAAGGAGGAAGUGGAAGGGGAGUUCGCCGCGUUGAGGUCUCUCAGACACGAGAGAAUCGCAUGCCUUUUGGAAGCACAUCGCGCACAGGACACAGCCGUCUUCAUAUUGGAGAAACUCCAAGGGGCAGACAUAUUGACUUAUCUAGCGAGUAGGCAUGAAUACAAUGAACAAAUGGUAGCUACAAUUAUUUCACAGGUUCUUGAUGGACUACAAUAUCUGCACUGGAGAGGACUGUGUCACUUAGAUCUUCAGCCAGAUAAUGUGGUCAUGUGUGGAGUGAGAUCAGUGCAAGUAAAAUUGGUGGAUUUAGGAUCGGCUCAUAGGGUAACGAAACUAGGAACUGUUGUGCCUAUUGUUGGACAUCCUGACUACAUAUCUCCUGAGGUUCUUGCAGAAGAACCAGCCUAUCCACAGACGGACAUUUGGACAGUUGGUGUACUAGCAUACAUCAUGCUCUCCGGCAUGGUUCCAUUCAGAGGAGAGGAUGAAAAUGAGAGCAGACAAAACAUCCUUUUCGUUAGAUAUAGGUUCGAAUAUCUCUUCCAAGAAGUAUCGCAAGAAGCUACCAGAUUCCUAAUGUUGUUGUUUAAGAGGCACCCAAAUAAACGACCCACACCAGAAGAAUGCCAUGAAAACAGAUGGCUAUUACCCACAGAUUACAUGAUCAAGAAACGAGAAAGAGCAGUCUUCUUAGGUCACAGAAUCAAAGAAUACUCAGAAGAAUAUCAUCAUGAAAAAGAACAACAGGCACAGAGGUCAUCAAGUUCAGUAGGAAUCAAGCUAAUAAGAUCACACAGCAUCCAAGAAGAAUUGUUGACAGCUCCUUAGCAGUCAUGUAUAUAUAUAUAUGUUUUGUUAUAUUUUCUUUUUGAUUUUUGCGACGAAAAUAUGUUCUGACGAUAUAUUUGUUAAACUAAUUUAUCAUAUCCACAGAAGGUGUUAAUUGUUUUAUCCAUAGCUAUAUUUGUAAUUUACAAGUGUCGAGAGUGGUUCUCGUAAGAAAAUUGUCACUUUAUUAAAAUAAAGAGAAAAAUAAAA